CAAAUUGUGUUUUGAGGUUGAAGUAAAAAGUAAAUUGUAAUUGAAGUUAAAAAUUAUGUUUUAAUACAAUUCGAAACACUAGGUGGUUAUAAAAUUUUUCAGAGAUGAAUUUAAACAUAAGUAACGUUGGGAAGUUUGUCUGGAAGUCUCAAUCAGUUCCAGGUUAUGGGUUCCAACAAGUUCGAAAUAAAUGGGCUAAUUGGCUUAUGAUCCGUGAUGUCAAAAGAAGACGAAUGAGCGCUGAAAACUUUUUGGAAAGAACCAGAAUUAAUGCUAUGAGGAGAAAUGAUGUGCUGCCAGUGGAAAUUAGAGAGCUAGCUGAUAAAGAUAUUAAUAAGUUUGAGAUGAACGCUAUUCCUUUGAGGAUUAAUAACAGAUGUGUUAUUACAUCCAGGCCUCGGGGCAUUGUGCCAGAAUGGCGUAUGAGUCGUAUUGUUUGGCGCCACUUAGCAGACUACAACAAACUGUCAGGAGUCCAGCGAGCUAUGUGGGGAUAAUAUUGUUUUUUUGAAUAUAGGAAUAGACCAUAGAUUAAAGAUAUUUAUACAUCAAUA